AUGGAAGCCAUUAGCGUAGCGAAUGACAGCGGGGAAGAGUUCGAAGAGGAACCAACGACUUCGUAUGAGCCGCCACCAAAAUUGGAGAAAUACGCGAAACUCUCUAGGAAAUUUUGCCCGGUUCCAAUCAAUUUGCCAAAACGCAUCUUCGAGCCACUCAAUGAUCGACCUGAAUUUCGUCCAUUCAUUCUGAAUCAACCCGACAACAUUGACGUGGCGCUCGGCACCGAGAAAAUGUGCAAAUAUUUUGACUCUCUCACAGGCUACGACCAGAAUGAGUUACGCAAAGAAAUGAUCAUCUCGGGUCGUUUGAUGCCAGCUUAUUUCGCGAAUCGGGCACCUCCAGGUUCUUUAAAUGGAUUUCUUCGACAGAAUAAUCUUUUCAAUGUAAGAAACUUGGAACAAAAAUACGCUCGGCAGGGUUCAGCUUUUGCCAUCCCUUCUCAUCAGUAUCACAGCGCUACUCCUCCUCCUCGUCAAUAUCAUAACGUUGCCGCCACUCCUCCAAACCAGGAUCGGAGUUUCUCUACGCAUUCUCGGCCUCGAUCGAGCUUUCCCGAAUCUCAAUUUCCGCUACGUUUUGAAGGUCUACAGCGAUUGCCGGACCUUUUUGCGGUUAUCAACUAUUCGACAGAGUUACGGAAAAAUGAAAUAAUUACUGUGGAAACGAUUGAGGCGACGUAUGAAUCAGGGAAACGAUUUUUGGACGAACUUCCGGAACCGAUUGAUGACAUUGAUGAGCAACAGUUAGCCGCUCGUAUUGAUGCUGGGGAUCACUCAUUUCGUGUUCCGUUGAGUGUCGGUGAGAUUGAUGUGAUCAAAGACAAUAAAAAGGAUAAUGCUUUGAAGGUGGAUGUUAUUGUGAACUCGACCUUCUACGAGAAACGCUUGGAACCGGAGGAGGCGAAUUUUUUCCGGCACUACAUCUGCAUGGUGGUUUGUGAUGCGAUUGAAAAUAAGCACAAAAUCGAGCUCAACCCAAACGAUGCGUUAAAGUUGCAACGGCCGCGGAUUGGCGUGAUCGAACCGAUGCAAAUUUUCAAGAAACCAAGGAAAAGUGAAAUCAUUUCCGAGGUACAGCCAACAAAAGAAUCGACAUCGAAAAUUGGAAGUAUCGCACCCGAGACUGAAGCUGAGGAGACUUUUGAUGGUUACGAGCAACCGAAAGGUGUGACGAUGCGUUGGCUCCGAGGCGAACUCUUGGAGAUUCGAUUGGAAUUGCCCGCAACAGAAAGAAUAGAUUCAAAAGAAAGCCUCUUGUUGAAAGUGAAAUCGGAUCGACUGUUGUUGGCGGCGAAGAAAAGUCACUCGUUGUUUGACUUUCAUUUUCCGGUGUUAAUCGAUCCAUCAACGACUCGCACAAAGCUCAACCUCGAGAUGCAGCAAGUGACUAUUUGUGCAAAAACGAUAUUACCG